AUCAAUUUAUAUUACUCAUCACGCACAGCUACGCCGAGCGCUGCCACGAAAAUGCAAGUACUGGAUACGGCAUUGUCGACUUGGUACGAUCGCCUCCCGACGUACCUUGUCUUUGAUCGCGUGGCCAAAGACAAGGCUGUUCCCACAACCGACGUUCUAAACUUACGCAAUACAUAUCACCCCCUAAUUAUUCUACUCAAUCGACCAUUUGUUACUGAAGGGUACCCACGCAGCCAAUCUCCCAGCACCGCAAGGUUUUGUUGGAAGAAGUGUAUGGUGGUUGCACGAAGUAUAACAAGCCUUGUGUCUGUUUAUCAAGGAAGAUACACACUAAAGGGUGCGCCAUAUCUCACCAGUCAUACAGCUUAUGUUUUUUGCACAACCUACUUGCGCAAUGCAGUUUUAGAGAAAGGACACACCAAUAGCGAAAUCACUCGCUUAUUGGUGCUGGUCUCAAUGCAUUGGAUACAUUUUCAACGCCCAAUCCGGGGGUCACAAAACCUGCAGAAAUCAUAAGCGGUUGAUGUGGAGAUAUGGCAUUGUAGAGUCUGAAGGCAAUCCCCCCCUCGUGAAAUAUAAAGCUCUGAUCCUCCAU